AGAGGCUUACAUUGUGCUCCUGAAGUCAAUUCAAAACGCUGUCGCGAAUCAUUUGGAGAAUAAAUCCAAAUUUGAGUUGCAAGGUUAUCCUCUAGUAUUCCUUCUUUGGAUACUAGAGUCGAUUCCUUUGCUAAGGAAUAAGUUCAGUAAGUGUGUACCAACAGUUGAGGUUCCUGGGCCGACUUACUUGUGUGAAAAAUACACUGAGAUAGAGAAUCCAUCACUUGAUAGGGUUUACAGGUUGAAGCUGAUACAAAGCUGAAGGUCCAUUGCAUACUACCUUCUAUUCCUCAUGAUCCAGAAGAUGAUAUCUCCAUUGAAGACAAAUAUAGUGACGAGUUGGAAACAGUGAAAGAUGUAACAAAGAAAGGGUACAAGAUUACAGCCGAUGACUGGGAAAAUAGGUGUGUAGACACAUUUGACACAUUGGAUGCUCUUAUUCAAAUGAUGGCAAAUAAGGAGACUGGCCAAGCUUCUACUCCGAUUGAUGAGGAUUCAGUAAAUGAAAAAGUGAACAGGAUCAUCACGGUAAUGGAGGAGAAUCUGAAGAGCAUGAAGGAUCGAAUGUCAUUACUGGAAGAAGAAAACAUACAUCUUAGAGCUCGUGUGUCAGAGUUGGAAGGAAACAGCAAUGUUUUUCCCACUAACGUGACACAAAAGCGAUCCAGUGGGACACCUUUAUCUCCAAUGUCUCACACGCAACCAUCGAGUGAGACACCUUUAUCUCCAAUGUCUCAACACAGCCCUAAUUUGACACAUGAGGAGACAAUGAUUGAAUCAGCUGCAUCUCCAAAGUCUCAACAAAAUGAGGAUUACACGCAAUCAUCGAGUGAGACGCCUUUAUCUCCAAUGUCUCAACAGCCUAAUUUGACAAAUGAGGUAUGUAACCAAUAAAAUAUUGUUGAGUUU